AUGAAGUUUGUUGUUGACUUGGAGAAGCGGCAUUGCACAUGUAAUGUUUUCGACAUUGACAAGAUCCCCUGCAUCCAUGCCAUCGCUGCUGCUAAGCAUAUCAAGAGAGAUGAAAACCGUUUUGUUGAUGCUUCUCACUUGACAGAAACGUGGGCUAAAGCUUAUGCUGAAAGCAUACAUCCUGGUGGAGAGUUGUCAACGUCCACCUAUCCAGAGAAUAUUGAUGAACUGUCUUGUCCACCUCCAGCUACCAAAAAUAAAAGUGGACGCCCUCCUACAAAGAGAAAGAGAUCCGACAAAGUUUCAAUGGAAGGAAGUUCAAAGAAGAUGAUGAAGCGUCCCAUAGAGGAGGUUUACGGAUGUGAUGCCGCCGAAGGUUUCAAGAAGGGGAAGAAGGAAACUGUGGAACAUUACAGGGCUCUUCUUCGUUUUCCAACGAAUACAGGCUAUCUGAGAAUGAUUGGAAUCUUGCAUCCAGCAAAGCAAAUUCAAUUGCUGUCCAAAUCGAGUUGCUUGAAGAUAUUAUCAAAGCUGAUGGAAAAUUUGAUUUAA